AGUGACGUAGCCCACAUUUGCUGUGAGUGGUAUGACGGAAAUGGGUGCCACCAUGGGAAGCUCCUAGAUCUAUUAUAGGUGAAAAAUAUGCGGUCACGCACCCUUAGGGAGCGGACGUUUAAGAAUAAUAUCGAGUCGCUGAUUAGGUCUCCUGGUUAAAUCUCGGAACUCAUGAUUAUGCUGGUUAUUCCAAGCGAAUUUAAUAAAUCAGAGGGUUUGAAGAUUGGAUCAUUACGUAUUUGUCCUAAAUAUAAAGUUUCUCACUCGUCGAAUGGGGACGAAUGGAAAAGUGAUGCACUCGACUUUCGUUAUCAGAUGUCUCUCUGCCAUUGUUCUCGCAUCUGUUGUGAUUGUCCCCGCGACAGUUCGAACAGCUUUCAACUAUGCUUACAACAAUUACACGUUAGGACCUUGUAACUUUACCGAUCCAGAUGGAUUUUCUGCUCCUUGUUUCUUUGAUCUUCACCACCCACAAACGAACCUCUCCAUGUUCAACUGGGACCUUGGAUGUGGAGAAGGGGCUUUUUGGAUGGGAGGACCACCCACCGACAACAAUGGCAGCGAGAAAGGUGGAUAUGCUUUCAUGGAUCUUUCUCGAAUGUCAAGCGAUGAAUCUGGUCUUAUCCAGAGAGCCUGGUUGCCCACAUUCCUCUUGAAUGCCACUUCUCCGAAAGGAAAAUGUCUUCAUUUCAGCUACAGUAUGCAAGGCUUGUCUGCGGGAGGACUAAGAGUGCUGAUCAACGCAACUGAUGUCACUUAUACAGUUUGGGAAACAAGGGAUCCUACGGAGGGCGAGUGGCAUAGCGGUAAAGUGUCAUUCACAUGUGAAACGCCUUUCAGG